UCUUGCAUCCGCCUUAAAUAUAUAUGAAAUUUCAUUAACGGAUAGACAAGUUAAUUGUGUUUUACAUUAAUUUUAAUCUGGCAUCUAUAUUUUCUAUUGAUGGGGCCGGAUUAAAAGCAGGGUGUUAUCAGUAGGCACUAUACAUAUAAUUUGUAUUCUUUUUUUGAAAAUCGUGUUUUUAAUUUCAAGUGAGUUAUUGUAUGUGUAUUGUUCAUUUUAAUGAGCGGAAAUGCCACCAAAAAAUAAUAAGCGGAAUUGCAGACACCACGAGGGGAAGGGAUCAAGGUCAAAGAGGUCAAGACCCGAGCGAUCAGCUCCAUCCACUGACGAUCAGGCAUCUCAGGAACCAGGUCCAUCACGAAGCAGGGAAUGCGCCAUCGCAAUAGAAAGUGAAGAUGUGGCAACCGUGAACCAAAGUUUGCCCCCAACACCUGUUCCUGCUUUAGCUAUUCAAUCAGUGGUACCGCUUCAAGAGGUUGGCACCAGAGGCACACACCAGACCAGACCCAAUUCCAUUAUAAUUAGUCAACAUGAUUUACAGAUUCAAAUGAACAAAUUGUUAGAUGCUUCAAUCUCCAGCAACACCAAGACAUCUUAUGAAACAGGGCUAAGAUCAUUUUUUAAUUUCCGGAGAGAAUUUGGGUACGAGAUUUUAUGGCCCCCACCACUCAGGGACGUUGUUCAAUUUGUUUCUUAUUUGUCACUUAAGAAAUGUUCUUAUGCUACGGCUAGGUCUUACUUAUCAUCCAUUAGUUUUCAAUGCAAAGUUCAAAAUUUGGUUGAUGAAACAAAAAACUUCCUUGUUCUGAAGGUUCUUGAAGGUAUGAGAAGAAUUGGUAGGUCUGCUGAUGCAAGGUUACCUAUAACCUUGGAAUUACUCAAACAACUUGUGGAGACUUUACCAGAGGUCCCUGAAGUUACAGUGUGGUGUGUGGGCUCAUCUAUUAUCAAGAAUGCUAUGAUGGCAUCAGUAUGCAGACCGGGGGGAUCAAAUCUAGGACUGGAUAGAUUGAAUAUGAAUAUUUGGUGGCAAGGAUAUUCAGGUUUGAAGUUUUUGGAGCUGAAAAGAAAGCUCUUUUUUCUAACACAAUAUGAAGAAUCACCAGACUACUUAAUUAUUCACUGUGGGGUGAAUGAUAUUGGGACUAUUGAUCUGUUUUCAUUAAUUCAAAAAAUUAAAACCCACUUACAAUUUAUUAAAGUUCAAUUUCCACAGUCCACACUUGUUUGGUCACAGAUGCUUCCACGAAUUAAAUGGAGGUAUUCUAAUGAUAACAAAGCAAUGGAGAGAUGCCGUCUCAAGGCCAAUAGGGUAGCUGCCUCAUCAGUUUUAAAAUUGGGGGGUUGUUACAUUAAGCACCCUGAUCUGUUGAGAAACAUGUCCCAAUUUCUGAUGCCUGAUGGCGUCCAUCUCAACGAGUUAGGAAAUAAGCUCUUCCUCAAUAAUUUCCAAGGGGGAUUAGAAUUCUUCCAGUCGCAACUGGGGCAGGUAUAUCCUUAAAACUUGUUCCAGAGAACAUUGGUUCGUGGGGGCUUUUUUCAGUUGCUUGGGUGCUCCCCCAUGUGUGGGAUGACUGCGAACUCUCCUUUAAUUGUUCGCUGUCAUGUGGUGCUUGCGCACACCAAAGCAACUGAGGCCUAUGUAAGCUUUGUAUUAUGGUGAAGUUGUCACCAUUGAACUGUGAAGGGGGGUAAAAUGCUAAACCAUUUUGUUUGUAAAAUAUUUGCUUGAUGUGGAUUCACAUUGUUUUGUGCAUAUAACUUGCAUUUAAAUAAGUAACCACCCGCGGUUUACCCGGGGUGGCCAUUUAACAUAUGUUGUGUGUUGUAUAAAUUUUGAUGCAUUUGUUGAUUUUGUGUGGGUUUGCCCAAAAGUUGUGUGUUUAUUGGCAUCCCACAAAGUAAUAUGCCACGGCCAAUGUUCGCCAAAUAAAACUAUAAAAU